UGUUUGGUGCGGUCUCCGGGCAGCACAUGUGCGGUGACUUCCUGUGAGCGGCGGACACCCUGCAUGUAGAUCACGUGUAGCGCCCCCUGUCUUCUCUCUUCACCUGUAUGAUCCUCAUGUUGGAUGUGAGGACAUGGCUGCCGGGUACAAAGCAGUGGAACCUCUAGAAUAUUACAGGAAGUUUCUAAAGCAGAAUUGUCGGCCAGAUGGACGAGGUCUGAGUGAAUUUAGGACAACCACAAUAAAUGUUGGGUCUAUUACCACCGCAGAUGGUUCGGCCCUAGUAAAGCUUGGGAACUGCACAGUAAUGUGCGGCAUUAAAGCGGAAUUUACAGCCCCUCCAACAGAUUUCCCCAACAAAGGAUAUAUUGUACCUAAUGUCGAUCUGACACCGCUAUGUUCUUCGCGUUUUCGGCCUGGACCGCCGGGAGAAGAGGCACAGGUCGCCAGCCAGUUCAUAGCUGAGGUCAUUGAAAAUUCACAGAUAAUACAGAAAGAAGACCUGUGCAUUACAAAAGGCAAAUUAGCGUGGGUUUUGUAUUGUGAUCUUAUAUGUCUGGAUUAUGAUGGGAACCUCCUUGAUGCCUGUGUCUGUGCAUUGGUAGCUGCUUUAAGGAACGUCCGAUUGCCAUCUGUUAAAAUAAGUGAAGAAACGGGCCUAGCGCAAGUCCAGUUAUCGUCUAAAAGUCCUCUGAAUGUCCUGAAACAACCAGUGUCUACAUCGUUUGCUGUAUUUGAUGACAAGUACAUUAUUGUGGAUCCAACAGAUGAAGAAGAAAGUUUAGCUACAGGACUUCUGACUGUUGUGACAGAAGAGGAUGGAAAGUUAUGUACUAUUCGGAAACCAGGCGGGAGCUCCCUUUCCGCAGAAAAACUUCAGGAGUGCAUCAGUCGGGCGUUUUCCAGACAUAAAGAAGUGCAGGCUCUACUGGAGGAAGUUCUGCUAAGCGUCAAGACUCAAUAAAGUAGACUUUUGUUUUUGAUA